CUCUGUAAUGAACGUUCCGGUUAUGCGGAAUCAAAAUACCAGGUUUUUUAAUUGUUAUAAUUUAGCGUUUUAUUUGCCUGAAUGAACGCGAACACACUAUAUAUUUUUUGUAUAUAGAGUGUUGACGUAUUUCCUAUAAAAUAGAUGCAUAAAUCUGAACGUUUAUCUAGUAAGUUAGCUUGUGUCCCACCAGUCGGACGGAUAAUAUACAGAGGAACACCGGCUUCUGAUAACUUAUUAUAUUUAUAAUGUAAACAUAAUAAAAUAUAAUGGUUGUACUUGUGAGAAAUCUGCAGAAGGUUGUUCCGAUUCGACGUGUCAUGUUACGCAAAGACGUGGAGACCCUGAAAGGCAUUUUGGGGGUUCAAAGGUUUGACCUGGGCGUCGUGUGUGUGGACAACCGCAAAAUCCAACACAUCAACAACACGUACAGGAAAAACAACACGCCGACAGACGUGCUUUCAUUCCCCUUUCAUGAGGAUCUGAAGCCUGGGAAGCUCCCAUGUGCCUUUUACAGAGAUGAGUAUAAUCUAGGAGAUGUUGUGUUAGGGGUAGAAUUUAUAAUGCAGCAGUGUAAAGAAAGAUCCUGGGACUUUUAUGGAACCCUCACAGUAGUAGCUGCACAUGGAAUAUGUCAUUUGCUUGGAUACCGACACGACAAUGAGGAGGAGUGGGAUGAGAUGUUUCAGAAAGAAAAUUACAUCCUGAAUGAGUUCCACAGACUAACCGGGCGUCAUCUCGAGCCUUUAACAAAGAGAUGCACAGGAGACGGAUGGCACUGAAAAAAUUACGAGGACAGUGGACUUGAAAGCAAAGAAUAAGACAAUCACCUCCGUCGAACUUGCUGUGGAUUUAGCUUACAUUAAAACAAUUGUGUAUUCCUUUUAUAUAAAUAAAUUUUAUUUUUAAAAUGCA